CCUGAACUAACUUAAAUUAUAAAUAGAACAGAAUAAUGCCUAUUCCCUCUACAGCACUAUUCUAAAAAUUCCCUGUGAGCACUGAGCAGAGCAGGCACAAAAAGCUAUGUGAGCCAAGUUUGACUAUGUUUUGUUGAUCGGCUAUUCAGGAAAGCCCCCACUUACUUUCCCUGAAACUUCCCUGAAAUUACUUCAAUACUUCAUGAAUUAUAAGCUCAUUGAGCCUCCCUCCCUCUACACCACUAUUCUAAAAAAUCCCAGUGAUCAGAGAAGAGCAGAGAGCAAGGUUCCACAUUCAAGCUAUGCAGAGUAGGUUGAGAGAUCAUUUCUUUAAUAGAAGAAGAAAGCAAAGGAAACAAAGAGAGAGAGCAUUUGUUGAGAAUGGAGGCAAGUUACUUGAGAAGCUGAUUGUCUGUUGCAAUGGAAAGCCUAUUCCCAUCCGUACCUUCUCCGCUCAACAGCUCCGCCAAGCGACCAACAACUAUUCUGAACAUCUGGGAAAGUAUUGGUACAAGGGUUCUUUUGAAGGACGAAUUAUUCUCACUAGGCAUUCUUCAGACUAUUUAGCCAUCAAUGAUUUAGCGAUUUCUGCACAAAUGAGUGCUCACAGCAAUGUAUUAAAGCCCAUAGGGUGUUGUCUUGAGACUCCAUUUCCCAUUUUUGUGUAUGAAUUUGCGGCCAAUGGUUUCCUUGCUGAUCGAAUUUAUGUCUCCCUUGUUACUAAACGACAACAUCAGCCGAUGGUGUGGGAGAGAAGGUUAAAGAUUGCAAGGCAGAUUGCUCAUGCAAUUUCUUAUCUCCAUACUGCCUUCCAAAGACCUGUCAUUUACAUGGCUAUAGAUAUGGAAAAUAUCUUCUUAGAUGAGCAUGAUGUUCCCAAAUUGUCCAACUUUUUAGUUUCCGUAUCAAUUCCCGAAGGUGAAACUGAUGUGGAAGUUUAUCACGGCUUUCGGAAUUUAAGGUUCUGCUCCCCUGAGCUUAAAACAACAGGCAAGGUAAAUGAGAAAUCUGACGUAUAUAGUUUUGGUUGGUUUCUUCUAGAACUUUUAACUGGAGAGGAUUCUUAUAAUAUUACCCGAUUGACAAUUGAUGAAGAUUCUACCUUAGUAGCAUACACACAUGACCGUGCUCAAAGUAGUUCCAUAAACGAGAUUGUGGAUCCUACAAUCUUGGCAGAAGACGGGGAAGGAGGUGCUACUUUAGAGCAGCAAUUGCAAGCUUUCCUGGAUCUUGCCUCAUCAUGUACAGAGGAAGACCCACAAAGAAGGCCAACUAUGGUGGAUGUCACCAAACAACUCAGGCGAAUUGAGAGGUUCACACAGACUGGGUGAAGAGCAUUUGGGAAAUUUGCAGAAUUUAAAACUUCAUGAGAGUUUUGAAGAGCAUCCUUCUGCAUCAUUCAAGAGGAAUGUUUCUAAUGAUGAAAGCCAAGCAGUAAAGGAAGUCUCUGAAAGGCCUCUUGAAGCUUAAUAGUGAUGCAACUGAAUGAUGACAAAGCUUGUAUAGCUUUUCAAUCCGUGAUUGGGAAGGUAAUAUAAAAGUUAGGUGGGUCACCAAUAGCAGUAGUAGCUCAGGCUAACUUUUUGGGCAUUUAGAUUUCUAAAGAGAUGAAAUUGUAUUGAUGAAUAUGUAUAUUGUAUUAAUGCUAUAAGAACUGGAGAAUAGAUUGGUAUUGGCAAA